ACGAGUUCGCUUUCAUUGCCUUUCCUAUCAACUAGUUUCCAAAAAUUCUCUGUACCUUUUGGAUAGACAUACACAUUUCAGCUUAAAAGCAUUAAAUUCCCUUUUGUGAUUUCCCUUCUACGAUAUCCUUUCAAGUUCAAGAGCGUUGUAUGGAGAAAGUAAUGAAGGCGCAAGAGGCUUCGGGCGUGGCGCCCGCGUCUGCACUGCGAUGCUGUUGCAACUGCAGGAGGAAGCUGGAUCCCUAUCAGCUGUUCGAUGACAACGUGGAGGACAUCGCCAAGAGCCUGGCCCAGAUAAUGCUCAUCUGCGGCAUCAACACGAGCAAGUCCUGCAUGGCCAAGUCGAUCAUUAAGCGGGCCUUCGUCUACCACGACAAGCUGCGCACCACGUGUCCGCCGCAGCCGGCUCCUGGCACCCACUUGAACCGGGAGGACGUGCUGCAGGCCCUGCGACUAAAGUGCUCCAUGGAACCAGUGGAGGCGAUGUUGGCCUACUCGAUUAUCAAGCGGGCUUUCAAGGCUUUCUACCACGGAAAGCCGCCGGUCAGCAUCAGCAACCCCAUUGUGGAUGCCAUGGCGGUGCACACCCAGUACUCCGCCUGGAUGCACGCAGCCUACAAGACGGCCAGGAUCUUCGACAACUACAAGGCGGCCUUCUUCUGGGCCCACAAGCACUACGAGCGCCAGAUAAACCUCGUCUACUGCGCCCUGUACAAGCGGAUGACGGCCCGGUCGGAUCCCCUGAUGGUGCCCGGGUGUCCUUGCAAGGGCUGCUCCAAGCAGGAGGUGCCCGGCCACCCCAAGGCUGGCCAGCGCAAAAUGGAGAAGAUCAAGCUGUCGGAGGGUGCAGAUCUCCCGGAACCCUGCAUCCUUUGCGGCUUGCAAGUUCCCAAGAUGGACAAGGACAAGAUGGUCAGGACCCGACUGCCCCGGCCCAUCCUCAACCACGAGGUGAACCUGCCCCGGUGCCAGGAGUGCAACUCGCCCUUCCUCAUCUGCGAGUGCAACAUCGACCAGCUGACUGGCGAGCAGUUCGGCGAGUGCGGUCAGGACUCGUACAAGGUCAAGUGGUACCGCCUGGAGGAGCCCCAUCUCAUCGGCUCGGUGGGCACCACAAGAGCUCGAGACGACAACUCGGAGGACCCGGAGGACAGCACCUACGGGGAGGCGAUGGAGCCUCCCGAGGACUGGGACAACCACCACUGCCCCAUUGACUGCAAACACGACUCCUGCAGCGAGGCCUCGAAUGUGUGCCAGUCCUCAGACUCCUCCGACGAGGCGUCCACCUUCGCCAGCUGCUCCGAGGGCGAGGGGGACGAGGACAUCGUGGCCAAGCUGGAAGACUACCUCAACAAGCUCUGGAACGAGGAGGUGGCCCAGAAGAAGAACCCCAACUAUGUGCCCAGGACUAUCGAGCCGCCGACUCCGCGGUGCAACAAGUGCAGGGACUGAGUCUCUCUAUUUGUGGGUUUGGCUCUGGCAGUAAAAUUGUUUAAAAUAUAUAUUAUGAUGAAAACAUUAA